AGUGACGUUUAGGACGCCACCGCCAGCUGAUUGUUUUGUGGACUGAGAUAAUUUAUUAUAUUAUUUUGAUUUUAAGGCCAAAGUUGUAUUAAACACCCUUCUUUCUUUAUCUUAAUAGGUGUAUUAUAACAAAAGGUGGUUAUAGCAUGAAUUUCUCAGACAAUGAAGCUGACGAUACAUCCAGUGUCGAAAGUACUUCAAACACAGAUAAUACCUCUCGAAGUGAGACCCCAACAAAUUCUCGUGUUAAGAAACGCAGACGUGGAAAGAAAAAAACAACAAAGCCUGUGAAACCACCUUAUAAAUUUAAUUGUAGUGCGAAAGAAGAUCACGGCCAGCCUUUAUUUGGCUGUCAAUUUAAUCAUCAUCUGGGAGAAGGUGAACCUCAGAUCUUUGCAGUUGUCGGUAGCAAUAGAGUGUCGAUAUAUGAAUGCCCUGAGUCUGGAGGAUUCAAAUUCCUUCAGUGUUAUGCUGAUCCUGAUGUGGAUGAAACAUUUUAUACAUGUGCUUGGUCAUAUGAAGAAGACACAAACCUGCCUCUUCUGGCGGUUGCUGGUUCCCGUGGUAUCGUCCGCAUCUUCCAUCCAGCCACACAAACAUGUAUCAAGCAUUAUAUUGGUCACGGCCAUGCUAUUAAUGAAGUUAAAUUCCAUCCAAGAGACCCGAAUCUCCUUUUAUCAGCAAGCAAGGACCAUGCACUGCGUUUGUGGAACAUUAUGACUGAUGUGUGUAUUGCAAUUUUCGGAGGUGUAGAAGGUCAUAGAGAUGAAGUAUUGAGUGCUGACUUUGAUUUAAAAGGGGAAAGAAUCAUGUCCUGUGGUAUGGACCAUUCGCUAAAGUUGUGGAGGCUCGAUAAACCAUCUAUGCAUGAAGCUAUCAAGCAAAGUUAUAACUUCAACCCACAUCGGGCGUUGCGACCUUUCAAUUCUUUAAAAGAACACUUUCCUGAUUUCUCUACUCGUGAUAUACAUAGGAAUUACGUGGAUUGUGUUAGAUGGAUGGGCGAUCUCAUUUUAUCUAAGUCAUGUGAGAAUGCCAUAAUCUGCUGGAAGCCUGGUAGACUUGAGGAUACGGAAUUGCGUCCUGGAGACAAUUCAGUGACAAUAGUCCAUAGAUUUGAUUAUAAGGAAUGUGAGAUAUGGUUCAUUAGAUUUGCUGUUGAUUACAGCCAAAGGGUGAUAGCGUUAGGCAACCAGUGCGGCAAGACUAUGGUGUGGGAGCUGGGCAGCGUGGCGGGCGGCUCGCGCGUGUCGCAGCUCGUGCACCCGCGCUGCGUCGCCGCCGUGCGGCAGGUAACAUUGUCCAGGAACGGCAGAGUUCUUCUGACUUGCUGCGACGACGGGACCAUAUGGAGGUGGGAUCGAGUCAACAAUACAAACUAGCUAAUUAGCAACUAAAGACUUAGUGUUAGAAUCUAAAGAACAAAUUAAUGCACUUGAGAAUGAAUUUACUCAGAAUAAAUAUGUGAUUAAUAUUUUAUUUGUGCGUAGCACGUGAAUUUCAGCUCGAUUGACAACAAUCUCUUUAUGUUAAAUUGUGAUAAAGUAAACUACUGCCAGCUUGGUGCUUAGGUUUCUUGUAUAAAAAUGCUAGUACAAAAAGACAUUAGUCAUAAUUUUGUACGACCUAGUUCGCUAGUAUUUGUAAUGACCUGAAGAGGUUACGGUGACGUCUCCAAGCAGUACUAAUUCCAGUGGGGGAAAAAGACCGAGCUAUAUAUGUCGUCUAGCUAUCAUUCUCUAGUGGAAUUAGUACACCUUAAAAACGUCACGACAACCAUAUAUAAUAGUUACAUUUAUGUAAAACAAAAUAAUUUUAAGAUCACGAAUAAAGACUGGUUUUAGCCCAAUAGUCAAGUA